CAGCCGAGCGGAGCGGAGCCGGGUAGCGGCGGCGAGCGGUGCUCCGUGCCAUCCGCUGCCGGGCCGCGGCGGCCGCGCUCCGGGUCGCCAGCCGGAGUCGGCGAGAAGGAGGGAGGGAGGGAGAACGGACGCCCGCCGCCCAGCCGCGCUGCUGCCGGGCACCGCUUUCCGCGGAGGACUGCGCGGGAGAUCCGCGAGACGGAGGCUGUCCGCCGCCCCGACAUGGCGAUCGCAAGGCAAGUGCUUUGUCUCUCUGCUUUCCUCUCCCUGCCGCACGCUCGCUCCGAGCCCAUCCGCUACUCCGUAGCCGAGGAGGGGGAGAGCGGCUCCGUGGUAGCGAACGUGGCGGAGGACGCGGGGCUGGCCCCGGCGCAGCUCUCGGCUCGCCGCGCCCGCCUGGCCUCGGAGGACGGCCGGCAGCACUUUCGCUUAGACCGCGGCACCGGCCGCCUCGUCGUGGCCGAGAGGCUGGACCGGGAGCAGCUGUGCGGGCAGUCCGGGACGUGCACGCUCCCCUUCGAGCUCCUGCUGGCAAACCCCCUGCAGUUCUUUCGGGUCGAGGUGACCGUGGAGGACAUCAAUGACCAUUCGCCCGUUUUCCCCGAGCAACAGGUCACUUUUAAGAUCCCGGAAAGGAGUGACCCGGGCUCGCGUUUCCCGCUGGAGGGGGCUCAGGACCUGGAUAUUGGCAGCAACAGCAUCCAGGCUUACAGCAUCGCUCCCGAGAACGAGUACUUUAGUGUCUCCUUUGGGAGUCGGAGGAAUGGUGACAAAUAUGUGGAACUGGUCUUGGAAAAGCCGCUAGACAGAGAGGAGCAGGCGGAGAUGCACUUCAGUCUCAUUGCCAUGGAUGGAGGCACUCCACCCAGGAGCGGGACCACCCAAGUCCACAUUGUUGUUCUAGAUGUAAAUGACAACUCUCCGGUCUUCACACAGGAGCGGUAUGUUGGCCAGGUACUGGAAAAUGCUCCGGAGGGCUCUGUGGUUGUCAAGGUGGUGGCAUCCGAUCUGGAUGCGGGACCUAACGGGGCCAUCUCCUAUCAAUUCAGCCAAGCGGUGGGCCAGAGCCCCUCGGCAUUUAUCAUUGACCCUGUGGGCGGUGAAAUUAGACUCACAAAGCCUCUGGACUUUGAGGUGGCAGAGAAUCACGAGCUCAGCGUGCGGGCCACGGACGGCGGGGGCCUCUCGGCAAUCUGCAAGGUGUUGGUGGAGGUGGUGGAUGUGAAUGACAACGCGCCGGAGCUGGUGGUCAGUUCCUUCAGCAGCCCCCUCCCCGAGAGCGCAUCACCUGGGACGGUGGUCGCCCUCUUCACGGUCAGGGACCAGGAUGCUGGUGCCAACGGGAAGAUCACCUGUGCCCUGAAAGACCAGCUGUCGUUCUCCCUGCGACCAGCCUACAAGAAUUACUAUGAGCUGGUGACCGUGAGCGCGCUGGACCGGGAGGAGACGGCGCGGUACAUCCUCACUGUCACAGCAGCAGACGCGGGGUCACCUCCUCUCACGACCACCCAGACCUUCACGGUGGACAUCUCCGAUGUGAACGACAACGCGCCUGUCUUCAACCAAACUUCAUACACUAUGUACGUGCGUGAGAACAAUGUGCCCACAGCGCUUGUUGGAGCCGUCAGCGCCUCGGAUGCCGACGUGGGGCCCAAUGCCAAGGUGACCUAUUCCCUGGCCCCAGCGCACCCAGCAGAGCGGCCUCCCUGCUCCUGUAUCUCUGUGAACUCUGAGAACGGGCACGUGUUUGUGCUGCGGCCCCUGGACUACGAGCAUGUGAGGCAGAUUGAGGUCUCAGUGAGCGCCUCUGACGCGGGGUCGCCUCGCCUUAGCGCCAACGUGACCGUCCGCCUUGUCGUGGUGGACGAGAAUGACAAUGCGCCUCUGGUGCUGCACCCCGCCCAGGACAGCAGCCCACCGUCCAGCGAGCUGGUGCCCAUUUCGGCUGAGGCGGGGUACCUCGUCACCAAAGUGGUGGCUGUUGAUGCCGACUCGGGGCAGAACUCGUGGCUCUCGUACCACUUGCUGAAGGCCAGCGACCCCGGGCUGUUUGCGGUGGGUGCCCAAAGCGGGGAGGUGCGGCUGAGGAGGCCAGUGACGGAGAGGGACGCCGUGAAGCAGAAGCUCGUCAUCCUGGUGCGAGACAACGGGCGGCCACCGCUGUCAGCCACUGCGGCACUGAGCGCGCUCCUGCUCAGUGACUUCUCGGAGGUGCGCCUACCGCACAGCAGCCUGGCCACGGAGGACGAGGGCAGCUCCCUGACCACCUAUUUAAUCAUUUCAUUGGUCUUUGUCUCGGUCCUCUUCCUCGCGUCCACGGUCGCCUUCGUCGCUCAUAAGGUGUGCAAGAGAAAGGAGCUGCAGGGUGGGCAUGUGCUUUACGGCACCGGCAACUUGCAGAGCAGCCUGGCCGAGGCGGCCAAUGCGGGGACCCUGCCCCACGCCUAUUGCUACGAGGUCAGCCUCACAACAGGCUCGGGCAACAGCGAGUUCAAGUUCCUCAAGCCCAUCCUCCCCAGCCUGCCACCUCAGCACUGUGCCAGGGGCGGGGGCGCCGAUGAUGAACAGGAUUUGCCCCAGGGCCCUAUCACCAUGGAGGACGUGGCACCAGACAACCCAGGGACGCUCUCUGCCGAACCGUUCAACAGUCUUUCAUUUACCUACCUUCUCUCUGCAUUGGAGAGAGAUGGGUUUGAUGGAUGGACUAUUUGGCGGAUAAGGACUUGCCUGGAUGGUUGCCUCCAGAGAGUGGUGGUCAAUGGCUCUAUGCCCGGAUGGAGAUCAGUGAUGAGUGGUGUCCCUCGGUGCUCCGUCCGGGGACCAGUACUGUUUAGUAGCUUUGUCAGCGACACAGACAGUGGGAUCGAGUGCUCCCUCAGCACAUUUGCAGAUGGUGUCAGGCUGAGUGGUACGCCUGAGAGAGGGGAUGCCAUUGAGAAGGACCUGGACAAGCUUGAGAGGUGGGCCCAUGCAAAAUUCAUGAGGUUCAAGAAGGCCAAGUGCAAGAGAGCGAGUCCUGCUGAGGGUGCAGGCGAGACGGGCGCGCUGUACGCGCUGCGCUCCUUCGCCUACGAGGAGGUGCGCGAGGUGGGGCUGUGGGUGCGGGCGGAGGACGGCGGGGCGCCGGCGCUGAGCAGCAACGUGUCGGUGCGGCUCGUGAUCGUGGACGAGAACGACAACGCGCCGCAGGUGCUGUACCCGCCGCCGGCGCCGGCGCCGGGCGCGGGCUGGGCGGGCGUGGAGCUGGCGCCGCGCUCGGCCGAGCCCGGGGCGCUGGUGGCCAAGGUGGUGGCGGUGGACGCGGACGCGGGGCAGAACGCGUGGCUGUCGUACGAGCUGGCCAAGGCGCCGGAGCCGGGGCUGUUCCGCGUGGGGCUGCACAGCGGCGAGGUGCGCACGGCGCGGGCCCUGUCCGAGAGGGACGCGCCCCGGCAGAGCCUCGUCGUGCUGGUGCGAGAGCGCGGGCAGCCGCCGCGCUCCGCCACCGCCACCCUCGGCAUCGCCCCGGUGGACGGCUUCUCCGACGUAUUCCGGCAGCUCAACCACGCUCCUGCGGGGAGGCAAGGAGCGAGAACCGCUGUGCAGCUCGCGGCCGGCUGGCGAGAGGGAAGCCAACGCGGGGAGCUUGGUGGCUCCCGUUCCGCCGCCGGACGGGCCGGCCGGCAGGCGCGUGCACGCCCGAGCCUUGCCGAGACCCGCCUCCGUUCCCCGUCCUCAGGCUGGGAUUCCCGAGUCGUGGAUCGGGGCCGCGCCUCCGCCGCACGGCGCCGUGGGAACCGCCUCGUGCUUGUCUUGCCGCCGUGUUUCGCGAAGGGCACGGAUCGGCCUCCCGGGAGACAAGCGCGCCCGCCCGCCCGCGGGCUCUGGGCAGCGGGGGAAGACGCGGGGCAGCUGUGUGUGCGCACGGGUCCGUGUGCCGGUGCGAGCCGGCAGCGCGGGCAGCGGGCGGCGGCGGGCGCAGUCCCGCCGCGGGCCGCAGGGUGGUGCUCCCGGCCAAGGCGGCGCCGAGCGGCUGCGGGCGGGGAGGCGGCCGAGCCCGGCCCGGCCCGGCCCGGCCCUGCCCAGCACCGCCCAGCCGAGCCCAGCCCAGCCGAGCCCAGCCCAGCCGAGCGGAGCGGAGCCCAGCCGAGCGGAGCGGAGCCGGGUAGCGGCGGCGAGCGGUGCUCCGUGCCAUCCGCUGCCGGGCCGCGGCGGCCGCGCUCCGGGUCGCCAGCCGGAGUCGGCGAGAAGGAGGGAGGGAGGGAGAACGGACGCCCGCCGCCCAGCCGCGCUGCUGCCGGGCACCGCUUUCUGCGGAGGACUGCGCGGGAGAUCCGCGAGACGGAGGCUGUCCGCCGCCCCGACAUGGCGAUCGCAAGGCAAGUGCUUUGUCUCUCUGCUUUCCUCUCCCUGCCGCACGCUCGCUCCGAGCCCAUCCGCUACUCCGUAGCCGAGGAGGGGGAGAGCGGCUCCGUGGUAGCCAACGUGGCGGAGGACGCGGGGCUGGCCCCGGCGCAGCUCUCGGCUCGCCGCGCCCGCCUGGCCUCGGAGGACGGCCGGCAGCACUUUCGCUUAGACCGCGGCACCGGCCGCCUCGUCGUGGCCGAGAGGCUGGACCGGGAGCAGCUGUGCGGGCAGUCCGGGACGUGCACGCUCCCCUUCGAGCUCCUGCUGGCAAACCCCCUGCAGUUCUUUCGGGUCGAGGUGACCGUGGAGGACAUCAAUGACCAUUCGCCCGUUUUCCCCGAGCAACAGGUCACUUUUAAGAUCCCGGAAACUAGUAACCCAGGCUUGCGUUUCCCGCUGGAGGGGGCUCAGGACCUGGAUAUUGGCAGCAACAGCAUCCAGGCUUACAGCAUCGCUCCCGAGAACGAGUACUUUAGUGUCUCCUUUGGGAGUCGGAGUAAGGGCAAGAAGUACGUGGAACUGGUUUUGGAAAAGCCACUAGACAGAGAGGAGCAGCAGAUGCACUUCAGUCUCAUUGCCAUGGAUGGAGGCACUCCACCCAGGAGCGGGACCACCCAAGUCCACAUUGUCAUUCUGGAUGUAAAUGACAACUCUCCCAUCUUCACAGAAGAUGUGUACAUUGGCCAGGUAUUGGAAAAUGCUCCGGAGGGCUCUGUGGUUGUCAAGGUGGUGGCAUCCGAUCUGGAUGCGGGACCUAACGGGGCCAUCUCCUAUCAAUUCAGCCAAGCGGUGGGCCAGAGCCCCUCAGCAUUUGUCAUUGACCCUGUGAGCGGUGAAAUUAGACUCACAAAGCCUCUGGACUUUGAGGUGGCAGAGAAUCACGAGCUCAGCGUGCGGGCCACGGACGGCGGGGGCCUCUCAGCAAUCUGCAAGGUGUUGGUGGAGGUGGUGGAUGUGAAUGACAACGCGCCGGAGCUGGUGGUCAGUUCCUUCAGCAGCCCCCUCCCCGAGAGCGCAUCACCCGGGACGGUGGUCGCCCUCUUCACGGUCAGGGACCGGGAUGCUGGUGCCAACGGGAAGAUCACCUGUGCCCUGGAAGACCAGCUGUCGUUCUCCCUGCGACCAGCCUACAAGAAUUACUAUGAGCUGGUGACCGUGAGCGCGCUGGACCGGGAGGAGACGGCGCGGUACAUCCUCACUGUCACAGCAGCAGACGCGGGGUCACCUCCUCUCACGACCACCCAGACCUUCACGGUGGACAUCUCCGAUGUGAACGACAACGCGCCUGUCUUCAACCAGACUUCGUACACCAUGUACGUGCGUGAGAACAAUGUGCCCACGGCGUCUGUUGGAGCCGUCAGCGCCUCGGAUGCCGACGUGGGGCCCAAUGCCAAGGUGACCUAUUCCCUGGCCCCAGCGCACCCAGCAGAGCAGCCUCCCUGCUCCUGUAUCUCUGUGAACUCUGAGAACGGGCACGUGUUUGUGCUGCGGCCCCUGGACUACGAGCAUGUGAGGCAGAUCGAGGUCUCAGUGAGCGCCUCUGACGCGGGGUCGCCUCGCCUUAGCGCCAACGUGACCGUCCGCCUUGUCGUGGUGGACGAGAAUGACAAUGCGCCUCUGGUGCUGCACCCCGCCCAGGACAGCAGCCCACCGUCCAGCGAGCUGGUGCCCAUUUCGGCUGAGGCGGGGUACCUUGUCACCAAAGUGGUGGCUGUUGAUGCCGACUCGGGGCAGAACUCGUGGCUCUCAUACCACUUGCUGAAGGCCAGCGACCCCGGGCUGUUUGCGGUGGGUGCCCAAAGCGGGGAGGUGCGGCUGAGGAGGCCAGUGACGGAGAGGGACGCCGUGAAGCAGAAGCUCGUCAUCCUGGUGCGAGACAACGGGCGGCCACCGCUGUCAGCCACUGCGGCACUGAGCGCGCUCCUGCUCAGUGACUUCUCGGAGGUGCGCCUACCGCAGAGCAGCCUGGCCACGGAGGACGAGGGCAGCUCCCUGACCACCUAUUUACUCAUUUCAUUGGUCUUUGUCUCGGUCCUCUUCCUCGCGUCCACGGUCGCCUUCGUCGCUCAUAAGGUGUGCAAGAGAAAGGAGCUGAAGGGUGGGCACGUGCUUUACGGCACCGGCAACUUGCAGAGCAGCCUGGCCGAGGCGGCCAAUGCGGGGACCCUGCCCCACGCCUAUUGCUACGAGGUCAGCCUCACAACAGGCUCGGGCAACAGCGAGUUCAAGUUCCUCAAGCCCAUCCUCCCCAGCCUGCCACCUCAGCACUGUGCCAGGGGCAGGGGUGCUGACGAUGAACAGGAUUUGCCCCGGGGCCCUAUCACCAUGGAGGACGUGGCACCAGACAACCCAGGGACACUCUCUGCCGAACCAUUCAACAGUCUUUCCUUUACCUAGCGUGGAGUCAGCACAGCCAGAGGCUUCACGCCUCGUCACAGGAAGGGAUCCAGGCUACAGCUUGUGGCAACGCUUCCUGC